CUGUUUUGUUUACAGACAGAUGCUACCUGAUUGAGAUUUAGUUAGGUAGUUUUAAAGGCUCUGUGACCUCUGACCCCCGGAGAAGCCGCUCUGGAAAAUACGGUUUCUGCAAUGACAAGAUUCUUUAUCUUUCAGCCUCUCUUUCACACAGAGUUUGCUGAAGUGGUCAGCUGCAGGUGACAGCAGACAGAAGGACACUGGUGGUUUCUGACACCAGGAGGGUGAAGCCUAUUCACUGUCACCAGUAGUUUCUUUCUGCCCAUCAGUGGUCACAUAUUGCUCCAGGCUGCAACAUCAACCACAACAACCUCCACCACCAUGGCUAUUACCGACUUUCUCGCUGCCUCAGACAUCACUUCAGCUAUCAAUGCUUGUAAAGCAAAGGAUUCUUUCAGCUCAAAGAUGUUUUUCAAAACAGUGGGUUUAUCCAAGAAAACCCCAACAGACAUAGAGAGGGUCUUUAAGAUUUUGGACCAGGACAAAAGCGGCUUCAUAGAACAGGAUGAGUUACAACUGUUCCUGCAGAACUUCUCCAAAGGAGCAAGGCUUCUGACUGCAGCUGAGACCAGAGCUUUCCUGCUGGAGGGAGACUCAGAUGGAGAUGGGAAGAUCGGCUGGGAAGAGUUUUCUGCACUGGUCAAAUCUUCAUAAAUCAUGUGUGAUCCCUACGUGGUGGUAGUAAUCUCAGGGUGGACCUCUUUUUAUAAUGUUUACUAGCUGCAGUAAAUAACAUGGAUUCGUAAAUGUUAAAAUUAACAAGAUAUGUUGUAGAUUUAAUGGAAAGUCAUGUACAGUAAUAAUGUAAUUAAAGAUAAGCACAAGUUAAAUCCAUUCUCUGUCCUAUGUGUCUUUCCUUGCCAGAAAAGUGUAAAAAAAUAAAUUCUUUUCUCCAUGA